UGAGCGGUUGUCCAUUUGUGAACUCUUCUAUCGCAGCGUCGGACAUCCAGAGAGUAUUUUUUACUUGCAUAAAAUCAUUAUGAAAUUAAACAAAGAAAUAGAAAGUACAAAACAAUCGACUGGCAAAGCUGGUAUUUUUAACAGACUAAAAAGUUGGUCUGGUAUUAAAGUAAGAAAGCUGUUUGGAAUACUCCGCCGAUCUAAAGACAAUAGUAUGAAAGAAAUUAUAGUUAUAAAAGCUAAUAAUGAACUUUACGAAAAGGAAUUGUCCAUUUUGAAAGAUAAUUUGGCACAAGUUAAUGCUGAAUUAUCCGAAUAUAAGAAGCAAGUUGAAAAGAAAGAGGAGACGGAAGAGUUAAAGAUAGUGCAACCCCCAACUGAUGUAAAAGAUGAUACGGAAGAAUUACUUAUGUCCGCAAUAGAAGAAGCUAUUCGAACAGUAGAGGAAAGUCGCAUAAUGAAUGAAUCAUUCUUUGAAAUAGAAACUUUAAAAAGUGAAGAAACUAUUGACAUGAUGGACAAUCUUCGAGUUACACUUGACUGUGAUAUAGAGGAAAAAGCACAUCAAUUAUUAAUUGACUUGAUCAAAGUAACAAAAUUAAAUCAUACAGAUGAGCUAAUUCAAAACGUAGUUGAAAUAUUUAAGGAUGCCCGACAAAAGAUUGUUAAAUCAUUUGAACUUCGAAUCGAGGAAAUUACAGAAGCUUUACUAACACAAAGAAACAAAAUGGAAAUGACUGAGAGGCGUUUUCGUAUCUCCUCGACUAAAACAGUUAGCACUCUAAAAAAUACUCGUAGAAAAACGGAGAUGAUACUAGCUGAGAAAUAAUAUGGUGCCAUUCAAUAGAUAAAUGCGUGCAUUUUAUUUAUACUUCGCAGUUUAGUCUUCCCGCUAAAUACUAAUUAUAAAAAAAAGAAUGGAUUCUCAUUAAUUGUUUAAAUUCUAAUUCUACUAAAUUUUCAAUUUUUAGUCUACUCUCUUAUUUUUAUUACAUCAUUUUUAUAAUGAAAACGAUCAAAAUUGAAGCUCUAAGCUGCGGAGGAUGAGAUACUUCAAUGUACCAUUUGGAAAGAUUAAUUAUUUACAAAUUAUUACCAUUAUCGUAUAGCUUAUAGUAUUUUUUCAAGAUUUUUGUACAUUUAUUAUUUUAC